UUUUAGUGAGAAGUUUUCAUAUCCACUGUGUUGAUGAAAUAGAGGAAUGGGAAAUGAUAAAUAAAAUUAAAUAAAUGUAAUCCUCAAUCCGAAAUGGACAACUUUUUCAUUUCUUUCCGUAUGAAUUGACUUACUCAGGAAGUACUAGAGUUAUGACUAAUUAGGAAAUUAUGAAUCAAAGUGAAUCAGUUUUCCAGUCAGAGAAAGCUACUUUUAUCAAUGAAUUGAUAAAUAAAAUGAAGAAUCAGUUCAACAACAAGCCAGAAGAUGUAAUAGAGACGGAACCGGAAGCAACGUUUAGUGAGGUCUGUUCAGAUUAUUGUCCAAAGGAAAGUGGGAAGGAUGAAUCUGAAAAAUGUCCAAACUUGAAAAACGAAAGCAUGAACGAUACUAUCGGAGAUCUGAGUGGAAAACCGAGACUAGUAUUGCAUUUCAAAAAGCCAAACAAUGAAUCUCCUAUUAAAUCCAAAAAUAGCUCGCCGACCAAGAGGUCAGUUAGACUCAAAAGCAGUUCCUCAGACGAAAAAAAGGAGGAAAGUCCAAAGCGUUCUUCUAGACGUAGAAGUAAGGAUUGUAGAGAGUCUGUACUACAAAGUGCUAUAGCGAGAAAAGAAAAAUCUUAUAAUGAAUCUGUGAAACCUCAAAGACUAUCAAGACAACUAAAACCAACACAGAAAAUGCUAGAGAAUAUCGCUUUUGCCAGACAAGAGAAAAAGGUCAAGUCUUCAAGAAAUCCAGAGAAAAGUAUAGACAAUGGUUUGCAAAGUUCAAGCGAAUGGAACAGUAACAAAAGAAAUAAGAAGAAUAGCAAAUCUAGGGGUAAGGAAUCCAAGAAAUUCAAAACUGGAUUAACAAGUGAAAAAGACUCUGAGUCAGAUGAAAGUUUUUCCAGUGAUAGUGAAAAGAAUUUGGAGAUAGUCAAGGAGGCUACCAGGAAAUCUCAUAGAAAGUCUAUUAACUUAUCAAAGGAUGAGUCUGGAGAUCCACCUGAUCCUAGUCCAAACAUUGCUGAUCAAGCAAAUGAUUUCCCAGAUGACCCCGAAUGUUCCUCAGUUGGAGCCCAGUUGAUUGCUGCCAAGUUGUGUUUGUGCACACAAAAAACUUCGCUUUACUGCCCCCCAAAUGAAAAUGAUAUUAUACAUUGCUCAGCUGUUGACAGUAUCGGUGAAAAACUGAUUGGUUGUAGUAGAGAAGUGAAUAUUGAAACAACUCCUUUAUUGAGACCAUCACAAAGAGUGCCGUAUCUUACUCUAUGUGAACUGCACAAAAACAGGUUGAUUCGACAUAACUGCUGUCCAACUUGUGGGAUUUUUUGUACUCAGGGGCGUUUUGUGGAAUGCGAUGCCAAACAUCAGUAUCAUCGAAAUUGUCAAAUCUACAUUGGCAAUGUAGAGUGUUGUCCACACUGUGGUUCAACCGCUCCCUGUCAAGAUAUAUUAAUUAAGAUGCAGUGUUCUAACAAACCUGUUUUCCUUCCUGUUCAAAAAUCCCACUGCCAGUCAGCUAAAAUGACUUUUCCGAAUAACAAAGAAAACCCCAAAUGUCCAACCCCCUUGUUACUUCCAAUGGAAACCUUCCAAGUUUUUGAUACAGCUCUAGUGAAUGGACAAAACUUCACAGAGAAUGAUGUCAUCGAUGCAGUUAGAGAUGAAGACAUUACCAAAUUGGCUUCCAUUAUAGCUUCCGACACAAUAGACAUGCACUUCAGGUUAUCUGACUUCAAUGAUGGUACUCCUUUACAUUAUGCUGCACAAAAAGGUUUUCUGAAAGUAUGUCACUUGCUUGUUUCCUCAAGUUUGGAAGUGGAUGAUUUUGAUAAGGAACAAAAUACACCCUUGAUGUUGGCAGUGAGCUCGAAUAAUAACGAUGUGGUGCAGUAUCUUGUUAGAACUGGCGCUAGCAUAACAAUUAAGGGCACCGACGGAAUGACUCCUUUACAUGUGGCCGCCAAAUGCGGAAAUCUAGGCGCUUGUAAGAUUCUCCUUCAAGCUGGAGCGACUAUCAAAAACUACGUCAACUGUCAAGAUGACGGCGGAUGGACGCCUCUGGUAUGGGCUUGCGAAAACGGAUACGGGGAAGUCGCGGAUCUGUUGAUAAACAAAGGAGCCGAUCCUUUGCUUAGGGACGUCGAGCAUAACGAAGCCUUGCAUUGGGCUUCGUUCAGUGGAAGUUCUCAUAUUGUCGAGUUACUUCUGAACAAAGGUUGUAACGUCAAUACUGUUAACGCACAUGGGGAGACGCCGCUGCAUAUUGGUGCAAGAGAAGAUAGGUAUAAUUCUGUGAUAGUACUGUUGGCAAGAGGGGCAAACGUAUUUUUAGUUAACAAAAACAAUGAAACUCCUCUUGAAUGUGUACCUGAGGACGGGGUAUGUUACAGUGUCAUAGCCCUUAACGUUCAAAUGCAAUCCAUCACUGGUUGUGAAGGCACAAAAUAUAAAACGAUUUUAUCUAAUGACAUAUCUAAGGGAAGAGAAAUGAAUCCCAUUCAAUGUGUCAACACCUUCGAUGACGAAUCGGAACCGAAAAAUUUCGUUUACAUCACAAAAAGUCACAUUAGUACUGAUGGAUAUAACAUUGAUGACAAGCUAUCCCUGAUGCAAUCAUGUAGUUGUGAAGAGAGAUGCACAAGUGAUUAUUGCGAAUGCGGGAAAUUAUCUCUCGGGUGUUGGUAUGAUGAGGAAGGAAAACUUUUACCGGACUUCAAUUUUGCAGAUUCGCCAAUUAUAUUUGAGUGUAACGAUGCGUGUUCCUGUAAUGCCAUAACUUGUCGAAACCGAGUAGUACAAAGGGGGUUGCAACAAAGAUUCCAACUGUAUAAGACUGAUUUGAAAGGCUGGGGCGUGAAAACGCUCAGGUUUAUUCCAAAAGGAAGCUACGUCUGUGAAUAUGUAGGGGAGAUAUUGACUGAUGUGGAAGCCGAUCGGAGAGAGGAUGAUACGUUUUUCUUCGAUUUGGAUAAUAGGGGUUUGGAGUCAUUUUGCGUAGAUGCCAAGUAUUAUGGUAAUUUUGCCAGGUUCAUCAACCACUCCUGCACGCCAAACUUACAACCCAUUAAAGUAUUCACAGAUCACCAGGACUUGCGAUUUCCCAGGAUAGCACUGUUUGCUUGCAAAGAUAUUACCUUGGGCGAAGAAUUAAGUUUUGAUUAUGGUAAAAAAUUCUGGUUGAUUAAAUGCAAAUCCUUUGCCUGCCAGUGUGGAUCUCCUGACUGCAAAUAUUCUGAAGAAACUAUGGUAGAGAUGGAUGAAGAAGACGUUUCUUGAAGCAUUAAAAAAUGCAGAUGCAACAGUUCCAGGAGAACUAGGGCAUUUUUUUUCCAAUUAGAGAAGAAAUCGUAGUAGAUCUGUUUUUAAAUAUGGGUAAAGAAAUAGAAUAUUUUUUGUAUUCUGUACUGAAAAAAAGUUGAUAAUUUAAAAAAAUGUAAUAAAUUGUUCCUUUCAUUAUUUGUAAUGGAAACAUUUAAUAGUAUUGCAAAUGGUAUCAAAAGAUUUUUCAAAGUACAAAUCGUAUAUUUGUGAAAAGUGAAUUGUGGCUAGUUUUAAUAAAGUUGUAUCAUUUUGGAAAAAACUAUUCUCAUGAAAAAUCACUUGGUUGAAUUUCAUCUCAUUUAUGACUGA